CUCUCUCAUCCAAAACCAUCACAGAGGUGGAGAGAGAGAGAGAGAGAAAUCAGUGACCUCAGUUGACCGGAGAAGCGCCGGAAAAUGACGAAUUACGGUACAAUUCCGACAUCAUCAUCGCCGGGAAGUGCAAACCUAGAGUAUAUCUCUCGAGCAAAGGAGAGAUUGAAAUCAGGCCUCGGAGCUCGUCGGCCAUGGAAGGAGAUGGUGAAUCUCCAUUCAAUCGGACUCCCUGGAGGCUUCGGAGACGCAUUCAGACGGAUCAGAACGAAUCUCGGUUACUUCCGCAUGAACUACGCGAUCAUCGUGCUUCUCAUCCUCUUCCUCAGCCUCCUAUGGCACCCGAUCUCGCUGAUUGUCUUCAUCAUCAUGAUGGCCGUUUGGCUCUUCCUCUACUUCCUCAGAGACGAGCCGUGGGUGAUUUUCAACCGUACGAUCGACGACCGCAUCGUGAUGGUGGUGUUAUCGGUGCUCACGAUCGUUUUCCUCUUGUUGACUGAUGCGACUCUCAAUAUAGUGAUCUCGUUGUUGAUUGGAGUUGUUGUUGUCUUGAUUCAUGCCGUGUUUAGGAAGACUGAUGAUCUGUUUGUCGAUGAAGAGUCCGGAGGCGCCACGGGGGCGCUCUUCGCCGGGGUUCCGUCGGCUUCGUCUUAGAAAAUUGAGCUUCAGGUGAGGAAAUGUAUCGACCAUGUGUGUUUUUUUAUGUGAUUUCUAGGGUUUACAAGAAACUGAAAUUGUGCUCAAAUCUAGUGCUCUUAUCUAUUUGUCAAUUGUGGUGUAUGUGUUGAAUGCUUGAAUGGUGAAAAUGUGAUUAAUUAGUUGAA